GCAUCGUCUCCAAGUCCUAUGAGUGCCGACUGAAGGGGCAAGGAGCAACCUUUGUGGAAACUACGAGUCCUUUUACAGCAGCAGCACUGGGAGAGGUUUCUCCAGUUAAAGAGAAGGUCUUCCGGGGCAGCAGAAGACAGCCACAGUCACCUGAGGAAGUUCAGCAAGUUAUUAUUAUCCAAGGAUACGAUGGAGACUUCGCAAUUGACGCCUCCGUGGAAGAAACAGCGGCGGCUACCCUUCAGACUCUCGCAAUGGCUGGUCAGAUGGCCAGGGUGGUCCAUAUUACGGAAGACGGGCAAGUGAUAGCGACGAAUCAAAACAGCUCACACGUGAGUAGUGUGGUUCCAGGGCAGAUACUUACCGAGCAGUUAGCAGACGGUGCAACACAGGUGGUGGUGGUUGAAGGAACGGGAACCGACGUGGAGGAGGCUGUUCGCAUAGAUGCAGUUCCCGACUCCAGCGGCACCGUUCUGCAGCAGAUAAUGCGUCAAGAAGUUUUAGAUGCUUCUGAAGCUACAGUCCAUCCUCCAGACUCCUCGGCGUUAGAUGCCCUGCUUUGCGCUGUAACAGAGCUGGGUGAAGUGGAAAACAAAUCUGGACUCCUUGACAGAUGCAGGUCGAGUCACAAAGAUUUCUUCCAAAUGCCAAACCCAGAGAUGCCCAGCGUUCCCAGUGAUGCAGAGGGACAAGAGAUACAGAUGUUCCAUGAAGUUCAAGAGACUCAGGAAAAUACCGAACCUAUGGAAGUAGUGACGCGGGUCAUGCACCCAUCGGCUAUAAUUGCGUCUCAAGAGAGAGCUCAGGCUGCCUUCAAGAAGAUGGUCCAAGGAGUGUUACAGUUUGCUGUAUGCGAUACGGCUGCAGCCGACCAGCUGAUGAAAGAAGGUGUCACUCAGGUCAUCGUAAACGAGGAAGGGACCGUGCAUAUGGUAGCUAGAGAAGGCUCGCAGAUCAUUAUGCAGGAAGCUGGUAGCCACACGCUCAGCGUCCAGAGCGAGCACAUGGAUUUAGUUGAGUCGGAUGGGGAAAUAUCACAGAUUAUUGUCACAGAAGAAAUAGCCCAAGCCAUGGUGCAGGGUUCUGAGGGUGACUUCUCCGAAGGUGCAACCCACUACAUCGUCACCGAAUUGCCACCGGACAUGCAGGACGAGCCUGCUGUGUACUCACAUGCUGUGAUAGAGACAGCUGGGUCUCCGGAGAUUUUGCAGGCUGGUACUGCUCUAAAAGCAGAAGCUGGAUCCCCUGAUAGAGCGGAACAGCUAACAAGCAUGGUCAUUUAUACAGAGGGGGGCUCUCAAGUACUUCAGGGCCAGAGAGAUGAUAACGCAGUACAAGAAGCAUGA